AAAGGUGGCCCUCGAUAACUUGGAAUUAAAGGGAUUUGAAAAGGAUUGAAAUCAAGCGUUUGUAGUUUUAUAGCUGUCCCAACCCAACAAAGUUCCUCCCGCAAUUCUUUUUUCCUUUUCCUUGCCCUUCUCAUUCUCUCUUCACAGAGACAGAGUUUAUGUGUAAAAUCAUUCUAGGGUUUUCAUUUUCGAGGGAAGAUUUGAAGCCCUUUGAUUUGAAAUCUUGAGGAGAAAGAAGCUAAUCAAAGCAAAAGGGAAAUCGUUGGAUUCGGUCGUCGGAGGUCAAAUCCGAGCUCCGGUCGCCGGAAGAAACAAGAAUGAGCGCCUCUCGGUUCAUAAAGUGUGUGACAGUCGGCGACGGAGCUGUUGGAAAGACUUGUAUGCUCAUUUCUUACACCAGCAACACGUUCCCCACUGAUUAUGUGCCAACGGUUUUUGACAAUUUUAGUGCAAAUGUUGUGGUUGAUGGGAGCACUGUUAAUCUCGGAUUGUGGGAUACUGCAGGUCAAGAAGAUUACAAUAGAUUGAGACCUUUGAGUUAUCGUGGAGCUGAUGUCUUUAUACUUGCGUUUUCUCUCAUUAGCAAGGCUAGCUAUGAAAACGUUUCUAAAAAGUGGAUUCCUGAAUUGAGGCAUUAUGCACCUGGAGUUCCAAUAAUCCUUGUUGGAACAAAGCUAGAUCUUCGUGAUGAUAAACAGUUUUUUACUGAUCAUCCUGGUGCAGUUCCAAUUACAACAGCUCAGGGAGAAGAGUUGAAGAAGCUAAUUGGUGCUCCUUCUUACAUAGAGUGUAGCUCAAAAACACAGCAGAAUGUGAAGGCUGUUUUCGAUGCGGCUAUUAAAGUGGUUCUGCAGCCACCAAAACCAAAGAAGAAAAAGAAGGCAAAGGGUCAAAAGGGGUGCUCCAUAUUAUGAAUGAGUUUGCAAUUGCAAAUGAAAGAGAGAAGUCAAGUCAACCAUGUGGUGCUAAUUACCUUUCUACCCUUUUUCUUAAAGUACCUUGCUGAUAAAUUGCUCACUUUUGCUUUCUGUCUUAAGAAAAACAAAAAUAUGUUGUGUUGUGCCAAAUAUCAAGUAGAUUGGACUUUCGAUAUCAUAUGUAUAUUGUUUAACACCAAAUAGUUGAGUGAGGCUAUUUUGGGUA